UAAUAUAUUUAUAAUACAAUACAAUCAAUUUUAAUUAAACAAUAAAAAUAAGCAUUGUUUUGAGAUAACAAUACAAAUACAAUUAAAUAAAAUGGGCAACAACCAUCCAAACAAGCCGUUAAUCUCUUAACUAUACAUACACCUUUUCCGUUCUUCGUCUCUUUCGUUCCUCCUCUUUGGAAGUCAUCACAGUUUUUGAGAGAAGAUGGACCUAGUUGAUGCAGUAGUAUUUGAUGAUGAUAAUAACGAGGAGUUGAGAAAAUACUAUGAAAGAGCCAGAAAUCUUGCUUUGAAAAGGCAAGAGGGCCUUGCCAAAACUUUUCCAGAGUCGAUUGCUUCGCUAAUUGCCACUCGCCGUCCAAAUAAUUUAACCCCGGAUGAUAAUCCUAGUUGUGUAUCUGAAGAGAACAAGCAGGUUGUCUUUACAGAGACGGGAGAGUUUGUCUCGGGUCUUCAUCAGUUUGAUGAAUUAGACGAACAAAAACACGUUGAUGUUCUGCCAAAUCCCUCAAUUGAGGAAGAGGAGCCUUCUGUAAAGGAGGAGGAAACGGGAAUAACUCCAGAUGAGACGAUACGUGAAGUUCCAAUUGGAAAGGGUUUGUCAGUAGCUCUCAAACGUCUGAGAGAACGAGGUACACUCAAGGAAGAUAUUGAGCGGGGUGGUCGAAACACGGACAAGAAAAAAAGCAAGCUCGGCGGCGAUCAGGAGGAAGGGGAAAAAGUAAUACACAUUGAGAGGACUGAUGAGUAUGGGCGAAUUCUAACUGAAAAGGAGCAAUUUCGGUUGCUUUCGCAUCAAUUUCAUGGGAAGGGGCCUGGAAAGAAAAAGCAGGAAAAACGUAUGCGGCAAUACCAGCAGGAGCUCGAGAUAAAAAAGAUGAAUAAUUCAUAUUAAAACAGGGCAAACUAGUGAUCCUACAAGUGGUUUUGCUACAGCUGAUAACAAAGUUGAACACUUUUAUCGCAAGGCUGCAGGAGAAUACUCACUGCCUUCAAUUCCGCAAUAUGAUUUUUAUUCUAAUCAUAUUUUGUUUCAAAUUGGUAUUAUUUAGUUGUUUUUUCUUUAGAUUCACCUGGAUUUUUACAAUUGCAGCUGAUUGAUUAGAUGAUUUGGUAUGUCAUGAUUUUACAUUUUGGAUAUUCCUUUUUGUUUAUUUAAAAUUAUUUUUUCACUGGAGAGGGGUGGUGGUGGAGACUGGCGCAUUUCAUUUUUGUUCUAUGUUCCUUUCCGUAUUGUAUUUCAAAAUUAAUCUCUAAUAUGUUUGAUAAUCUGAUAUAUGUAGAGGUAUUUGCAUUGGCAAAAAGGAAAAUGAGCAAUACUGCGGGCUUGAUUGUUCUGAGAGCAGUUGUUCAUAUCCAUGAUUUCCGGUUCUGUCAACAACAUCAACUUCGUAUCAGAAUAUAGUCAAGAAUGAAUGCAACACUUGUCGAAGUUAGUUGACAUUCAGAUGACUACAGAAAAAAAAUUGUGUACUUAUGACAAUUUUAAAAGAAUCUCUCGAUAUGUUUCUCAAUGAGAUUAAUUUAUUAGACUAACCGUUAUCCUGUUGUGUAUACUCAUGCAAAUUCAUCUUAUACAGUUUUUUCUACAGAGUUUUACACAAAAGUUGCCUGCGUUCCUUUCAGUUUUAGGAGUAAAGUUUAGUUAGCAAUCUCUAUUAUUGAAGUCAAUAUUGGAAACCUGCGGGCAAUUCUAACAUUCAUGGUAAACCAGAAAACCAAUAGAUCAUUCUAAGAAAUUGGGAAUUUAUUAAUAAUACUACAUACGGUAGCUUCAUCUUUACAAUGUGGAAAUGCAGAUCCAAUGCAGUCAAAGAAUAAAGAAGAAGGGAGGAUCUCUAGGAGUUACCUGACUUAUUUCCCUUUCCUCUACAGGUAUAUAGUAUGACUGUUUUAUGUGUUUGUCUUUUUUAAUUAAUGAUGACCAGUUUACUUCUUCAUUGUGGAAUUCUUUGAUUCGUUUCCUCUGCAAUCUCAUAUAAUGCACCAUUGGUAUGGAUUAUACAUCAAUUUUUCAUCAGGAAAACCUUUUUGUCUGGUUUACACGGAUAUAUUUGAUCCUGUGAGUUUGAUUGGAGAAGAAAGUCAUAAAUCAUAACUUCUAUUAGUAUUUUCAAGAACAAAAUGCAGCACAUCUUCUAUGCUAAUUCAGUGUAUUUCUAUCCUAUUUCAAUUUAAUUUGGUGUAGUUCUAUCCUAUCUCAUCACCCACCCUUCGAUGUUCCCAUAAUUUUAUCAUAUUUUGAUUUAUAUAUCAUCUUUCAAAAUUACACAAAUACACGUCUUAAUUUUUAUGUGAAAGAUUACAGUCAUGACAGGAGGAAGAAAAAUCCUGUACAAGAUGAAGGGCGUACAUAUCAAGUGUAUGUAUGUAUUUGGCGCAUUUUGUGUUAGUCUCAAGGUUUUGUUUCUUUGGUCAUUGAGUUCUUUUUUAAUUCAUAAGGAUCAAGGGCUGUGGAAUAAAUAAAUCCGAAUAUCUUGACAUAUGAA